GAGUCGAUAUUUAUUACUAAGAACUCAUUCUGGAUCUCAAAAGAACGCGCAUUGCUUGUGGGAAUCAAGUUCAAAAAACUUAAAAGGAUAUGAGUUUACAACUACAAAUCAGAAAUCAAAUUAUCGAUGGUUAUUUUUAUAAAAUCGAAAAUCGUUCGCAACACGUUCUCCGAUUUUUAAAAGAAACUUAGCCGAGAAAAUUCUUUCAAUUUUUCCUAAACGCAUGCCAAUGUCUUUGAAAGUUGCUGAGCUGAAACAGAGUCUUAGUUUUAGAAGUCUAAGGCUGAUGGAGUGGAAAGAUUCCCAAAAUUCUAGUUUGAGGUCUUUUUCUGAUUCAGAAACAGUUAUUAGUAGUAGUCGUCCGACGACAGAGGAAUUCACAAAAUCGAAAAGCAAAUCCGAAACGAAUCUCAUUUCCCCGACAAGAAAUAAAACAGAAGAUCGAAGCUAUGACAUUUUAAAACAUUCCUCCUAUUUUGAUUCAUUUUUUUCAAAAUCUAAGAAAUCAGACAUCGCCAGUGAACUGAAAAAUAUAAAUACUGAUUUUAGAAAAGCAACUUCACAUAAAAGUGAAGCACUAAUUCAUCAUGACAUUUCCAACAAUGAAAAAUUGAAUCUUCAAAGCAAUGUAGUAUCUCCGAGUGUUUUAAAUGAAAAAAACAUUGUCAACAUAACUACAGAAAAUAACUCAAGCACAAAUCAUAACACAUCUACAAUGGAACUACCGAAUUCGAGUCCAUAUCCAGUUUUAGAAGGUGAAAAAAAUUCAGGAUCAAAAACUGAACUUAUCCUUGGGGAACCAAGGUGUUUAACCCUAAAGAAGAAUGAUGCAGAUCCGUUCCUAACAGAUGAUCCUUUAAUGUUUGAACCAGACUUUGAGGACGACAACAGAAGUUCUAAUAAUAAGCCAGCACUUCCCAAAACAGUUGAACGUAAGAUAGACAAGUUCAUAGGUGAUAUGUUUGUAGAUGAAGAUGAAAUAAGUUCAACUAGAAAGAAAGGAUUGUCGAUAGAUAGAGAAGAAGGAGAACUCACACCCGAAGCACCUCACAAAUCUUCAGACUUGAAUAAGGCAAAAGAGCCAAGUUUUAGUGAGACGAAAGCUACCCUUGAGUUCUUCAACAAAAUAAACGAAUGCCUGAGGGAACUUAACGACAAAUGCAGGGAGUUCUACUCGUCAUCUACCCCAGAUUAUUCGCUGGCCCAUUUACAACGGACAAUGGGAAAUGUGGACAACAUUAAAAGAAAACUUGCUUUUCUUAUAAAAUCUAAAAAUACUGAGAAGGGAGAUAAAGAAAACAAGAAGGAGCAUAGAAGCCACUCCAAUAUGAGAUUACAGUCCGAACGUCUUGCUAAAUCCAGCUCUACAGUAAAUGAUAAUAAACGAGAACACGAUAAACAAGAACACAGUUCCAGUUUGAAAAAUGAUGUCGAAGAAUUAUAUCGCCAAUUGAAAGAAAACCGUGAGAAAAGGUAUUCUGAAAAUAUUUCGAGGCACAGUCAUCGACGUGAAAAGCGCAGUCGGGAUAAACCUUCACAAGCUGAUCUCCUUAACAGGAAGAAAAUAAGUAUAUUAGAAAAACUGGGUACUAAACAGGAAAUAGAAAGAGUGCAAUCGCUGUUCAAAAGACAAAUGAAUUUAAUUACUCAGCAUGUUAUUCAGAAAAAAGAAAUCGAUAAAAGGCAUGUAUCGAAUCAAAAUGAAACUCAGAGAAGAAGGCGAAGACGAUACCAUUCUCAUUCACAAGACGAGCUAGAAACAGAGAAACCCCAUGAUAAGGCCAGUUUGAAGGAACUGAAGACGUUAGAAGAUAUGGAAGCAUUCUUGGAUUCAUUGAAGAAAGAUAAAAUGCUGUGCGAGCAGUAUAUGAACGAUCAAAAAUCGAAAGGUAUGUUGAAGUUCUCGUCCAGGAAAGAAAAACAUGUCGUGCAAGACACUCCUGUACCAUCCAUUAAAGGAUCAAGAGAUUCAAAAGAAGCUAUUAAACAAUAUUCAAACAAAGAAGUCUGUGAUACUGUUAUUCAAAAGCUGAAUAAAAAUUUUCGAGAAGAAGACAUAAGGCCGAGAGCUGACGAAAUUAAAACAAAUGUGACAAAAAAUACCACCACUGCUGCUGUAGUAGAUAACCUUACUCGUCAUAAGACCGACGAUCACUUCAAAAAAGCUGGCACAAUAAGUGAUCCGAAUCGUGAUUCCCGUUUAAAAAUGGACUUGAUUAAGAGUACUGAUCAAAAAGAAUCAGAAAGCUCGAUGAAUGAAACCGAAAAACACAAGAAAACACAUCAUCGUUUAGAUAUCAAUCUAAAGCCUGUUGACAUAAAUAAGGAGGAAAUCAAAAAGAGAGAAAGAAUUGAGCCCCAUAAGUCAGAAAAAGCACAUAUUUCUGCCGAAACAAAAGAAAAUUCUACACGGAAAAGGGAAGAUUUAUCAGACGCCAAUUUAAGAAAAUCAGAGAACGAAAACGAAGAAAAAAACAGCAAAAAACAAAAGGUCACCAAGUACCUCGCGGCACGGAGGUUAUCGGAUGAAAACCCAACUCCAACCGAUUGCAACACACGAGAUGUUAAAACUAUCGUCAGUAACGCUGAAUCGUUGGUUAAGGAUUUACUAUCCAGAAAAGUUGUUAUUUUGGAUGACAAUGGGCUUGCAAUGAAUAACGAAUUUUGUAUAAAAGUCAUAAACAAUGAAGUUUUUUUGAAAAAAGUCAGCAAUAAGCGGAAACGAAAACAUAGUGGAAGAAGAGCUUUAAAGCCACAAAAAGCGAAAAAUAUGAAAAGAGAUAGUAAUGAUCAACCACCACACAAAGAAAAAGAUGCUAAGCCUAAACCAGAUGCUAAGCCUAAUUCAGAUGCUAAGCCUAAACCAGACCAGGAGAGAAUCGAGCCUAAAUUAGAUCCGGAGCCUGAAAUAGAUCCAGAAACUAUCGAUACUACAUUAAAUGAAAUGGAGAAUUUUUUACAAGAUCUUCGCUCAAAGAGGAAAGUUUGCGAUGAUGAAACCCGCCAUCCAAUCGAGCGCACCACUCAAAACAAAGAAAUGAAAUUCCUAGCCAGGAUCCAAGCAAAGAGGAAGGCCAAGCUCAUGGCAUGCGUAUCGGAGGGUAUUUAUUCAACAGAAAAAGAGGCCAAAUUCUUGAAGGCCUUGGAAAAGCGAGAUGAUGUGUCAGAGUCUUCAGAUGUUGAGACUCGCAAACAUGCAUUAUUGGAAAAAAUCAGAGCCGAAAAAGAUGCCAUAGCGGAGAAACCAAAAGCGAAACCAAAUGAUGACGAUCCACUGAAAGAAGUGAAAGCAUUUUUGGAUAUGAUCAAGGAGGCCGAAUCCGUUAACGAUGAAAAUGCCAAACAUGCUUAUGUUUCUUUCUCUUUAAAACGCUCUGAUGUAAAAAAAUUGGAGCAUUUGUCCACCGCUUCUAUGUUAACUGAAGAAUCCCAGAAAUUUUUAAAUAGCGUUCGAUCUAAAAUGAAGGCUAAAAAGGCACCUACUUCAGGCAUCGGAGCUUUAAUGAGGAAACCUGAAUUGUAAAAACUAUUUGCCUUAAAAUUCUCAUGAACUACGAACAAUUUUUUCAGCAGUUUUGCUGUCUAUGUGUUAUAGUUUUCUUUUGUGCACGGUGGUUAUUUUUGGAGCAGAGACAUUAAUAUUUUUUAUAAGGCUUUGUACUGAAAUAAAUAUUUUAAAAUACAAAACUAGACAAGAAUCUUAAAUUCAUUACAUUAAAAUAAAUGCAAUGGCAAUAAUUUUUUGUUUUGAUUAGUAAUGGAUAAACUUGAUAUGUAUAUAUGUUAUGAUUAAAGAAAAAUAAAUUGUUCAUCAUUAAUAAUUA